AUGUUUUUAACUGUGUAUGCAUUUUAUGAGCAUGAGGGAAAAGUGUCUCCUAUGUCUCUUGAGGCUCUACUUUCUGCUGCAAGUUAUGGUGACACGCAAACAAUAAAGAGAUGUUUAGAGGGAGGAGCAAAUGUUAACUAUCAAGACUAUAAUGGCGAAACUGCACUUCACAAUGCUGCACGGAUCAGAAACACAUACACCAUCAAAUUGCUAAUUGAUGCUGGUAUUGAUAGCAUUACCCAGAACAAGUAUGGUUACACUGCUCUGCACAUUGCUGUAAUGAACGGAAAUACAGAUAUCGGCAAAUUUCUGAUCGAUGCUGGUCUCAAUAUACAAAAUCAGGAUGGUGAAACUGAACUUCACCUUGCUGCACGACUAAGAAACACGGAAGUUACCAUGUUGCUUAUUGAUGCUGGUAUUGAUCUAAAUGCACAGAACAAGUAUGGUAACACUGCACUUGUCGUUGCUGUGAGUUACGAAAACACAGAAAUCGCUAAGUUGUUGAUUGAUGGUGGCAUUGAUCUCAAUAUUAAGAAUCAGGAUGGUGAAACUGAACUUCACCUUGCUGCACGACUAAGAAACACGGAAGUUACCAUGUUGCUUAUUGAUGCUGGUAUUGAUCUAAAUGCACAGAACAAGUAUGGUAACACUGCACUUGUCGUUGCUGUGAGUUACGAAAACACAGAAAUCGCUAAGUUGUUGAUUGAUGGUGGCAUUGAUCUCAAUAUUAAGAAUCAGGAAGGAAACACUGCGUUACAUAUAGCUGCCGAAAAAGAUGACCAGGCGAAAGCUACUCUUUUGUUAGAAAAGGAUUGUGAUCCAAACAUACGAAAUAGGAACUUUCAAUCUCCUGGGACCGUAGAAAAUAAAAAUGUGUCAUUAGUAAUGACAAGAUUGUUUGAGGGCAAAGUAGGUUCAGAAUUAGCAGAAUUUAUUUUGUUUGAAUCAGAAAGCUUCUCAGCCUUUUGUGAAUUAAAGUAG